UUUUACGGAAUAAUACUACGCGUGGACAAAAAUAAUGAAGGUGAUAGCCGCACUGCUACUUUUAUGUCAGCAUGGCUCUACUGAGUCGGAGAUUUUACCAGUCAUACACAGCCCUGGCUUGUACUUUGACCCAACAACCAACAUAUUCUUCUACAACGAUUUUUGGAAAAUAGUCACGCACGUCGACGUUAACUCUAUUGAGCCACAUCUUAACGAAAUUGACAAGCUUAUUGUGAAGUCAUCAUUACUAUGUAGUAAAAUAGAACCUGGAGAAUAUUCCAAUUGUAAAGAUAUUUUUAAUUCUAUCGAAGUUCUUUUAGAAACCAAUUAUGUAAAAGCACACUCGCUAUCUCAUAUAAUCUCUAAAGAUGCUGCAAACCGGUUUAAAAGAGCUUUAGAAUUUGGAGGAGAAAUAUUAAAGUUUUUCUUUGGAACAUUAGAUGCGGAAGAUGCGCGCAAUUAUGACGCUGCGAUUGACGCAUGCGAGAAAAAUGAUAACGAGAUAUUUCGUCUCAUGAAAGAUAAUAUCCACAUAGUUAAGUCAUCAAUCAAUUCAUUUAAUUCUACAAUUACCAAAUUGAAUCAAAAUGAGGUUAAAUUAAACUCUCAAAUAAACAAGCUUAAUCAGGUACUUUCCUUGGUAACUACAAAUAAUGAUAAGGUCUUACUAUUAACCAAACUUAAUAAUCUUGUGAAUAUUAUAGAAGGUUCCUUACUCACUAUAUCUAACUUCCUAGACACUAUUGUUAAUGCUAUUUUAUUUUCUAAAGCUAACAUCUUACAUCCCUCCAUAUUAUCGCCUAGUAAACUAUUCCACGAGCUAAGCCUAAGAAGUAGUUCUGUUAAUAAUAAACUGGAUUUUCCUGUACCGUUAACGCUUGAUAAUAUACACACUAUUAUAGAUGUAUCUAAACUAAUUUCUUACUAUUAUAACAACAGAAUAUUUUUCAUAUUACAAAUACCUCUCAUAUACCCUAUCAAAUACGAAGUUUAUAAAAUCAUUCCACUACCAACCCCACACGAUAAUACUAACCCUAAUACCUUCGCCUUAAUAACGCCUUCAAAAUCAUACAUCGCCUUAACAGAUGAUAGAUUACAUUACAGCUUAUUUAAUAAUUUGCAACAAUGCUCAAAUGUAAACAAUGAACAUAUGAUUUGUCCACUCGUAAGUGUUUAUUCUAGUAUUACAAAUCCGUGUUGUGAAACCAAACUCCUGACUGAAGUGAACCUGUCGUUGCCUAGUGAGUGCAAUUCUAAAUUUAUAUACGGAGACGUAGACAUGUGGCAAACGUUAAACAAUAACAAGUGGAUCUAUGUGCAAUCUAAGUUAAAUAAGUUAACAGUGCAGUGCGAUAAGAGUGAUAUGAAAGACUACCCGAUUAUCGGAACGGGUAUCCUAAAACUUACGGAUGAUUGUGUAGCAUUUUCUAAAACAAUUAGGCUAGAACCGUCUGUAUCAACAAACUUUGUAAUUACCGCUCAACUAAAAGUCGAUUUUGAUAUCACCCAAGAUGAUUGUUGUAAAAAGGAUAUUUUCAAUAAGUCAAUACCUCUGUUAUCUCCUUUAUCUUUAAGCAACAUUAAUCUCGAUUCAUUGAAAUAUUCCUACAGUCAAUUAGAUAAUUUGGAAAAUGAACUUAACAAAAUAAACAACGAAUCUCACUUUGUCAAGUAUAGCGGCUAUUAUUCAUCCCUUACUAUUGCUUGUAUUAUUCUUAUAUUCUUAUUUAUCUUGUAUAAAAUCUAUGUAAAAUGUUUAUCAAGAUCAAACAAUCGCCAAAAUUCCUGUUGUAUCCAAAUUUUUAAUCAAUGCAAUACCCAAAGGGUGCUGAAAAAUGAAACCAAAUGUCAUAACUCUAUUGAAUUGACAGAAAUUUCAGAAAGCAACGGUUCUACUCAAUCCAUACCAGAUAAUUUGUCCAAACGUAAUCUUAAUUAUUCUUAAUUGUAAAUCUUUAUUUUGACCUUCUAUUCUUAUGUAACUCUUAACCUUUUUGUCUUUGUUUUUAACUAUACUUAAUUUUAUCGUUUUUAAUAUAAAUGUGUUUUACUAUUGCCAAUUAUUGUUAUAACUUUGACAUAUUAUUUUUCUUUUAUAUUACACUCUUAGAAUUAGUUAGACAGAUAUCAUUCAUAGUCAUUAAGAUCCUUUUGUAAAAAGUUUUGUCUUAACCUCCCAUCAGAGUGACUUCGCAUAUCCUUAAGGAUAUUGCUUCGUUUUAAGGGGGGAAAUGUUAUAUUCAUAAUUAGUUCGCGGUUAUUGCAAAUGCAUGCAUUUUUGAUUACUAUAAAAUUACUUGCAACCGCGUGGCGGUUUCAGUCUACCGGUGCCGUCACUUUGUCAAUAUCUUAUCCUGACGAGUUUAAGACAAUCCUUUGCUCUAAUCCUUGUAAAGUUCAAGUUCUUUCAUUAAAGUAGUGUUAGCAGUAUCAGUGGGUUUUUUUUAAAAAGACUGACACCAGCCGCGUCCUAAC